AUGGCUGAUGCCUGGGAUCCUUUUGCGGACCCUGCGGACGCCCCGAAAGAGCCAGAGCCGCCUCGGCGACCGACCGUGGAGCCGAAAGAGGAAAUCGAGGGCGAGCCCGAGGAGCUGGGGCCCGGGAUCGCCAUUCCCAGCCUCACCCAGCUGGAAGAGGUGCUGCAGGCAGCGAAGCUGAAACCCUGCCCGGAGCUUGUGCAGAAGAGUUUCGAGGGUGAUGGCGCUGCAGUUGCAAAGCUGCUGGAGGAGGGAGAUCCCAACAGCAUCUGGCUGCGGGAGGAGAGGUUGAAGGGCAGCGAUGGAUGCUGCCAAUGCGCCAUAAGCUGGGAGGAGUAUACACCCCUCAUCGCCGCGUGUAUGGAGAAGCAUGACGACAUCUGCGAACUGCUCCUCCGACACGCAGCCACACAACUGAACGUGGUCUGCUGUGGUCUCAACGAGUUUGGUCCAUACAAGCAUUUUACUGUCAUCGACAUCGCACGCCAGGUGAAAAGCAAGCUUUUGCGGCGCUUGGAGGAAGCUGGUGCACUGCCUGCUGCACAAUGUCCCGAGCCACCAUGGCCCCGCAGCGAGUCAGAGCGGGAGGAGGCAGCAGUUGUGGCAGUCGAGGUUCCGGCUCCUUUGCUGCAACCUCCUGCAGCUGCAGCCGCGACAAAGCGACUCGUCAGUGCGAUGCAAGGGCAAAGGUCCUACUCCGUUGAAGCGCGGACCAAGGCCUUCAAGCAGUUCAUGCUGGAGUGGCAUCCGGACAAGAGGGCACCAGCAGAGCGUGUGACAGCCACCGCAGUGUGCCAAUGGCUGCUCGGUCCGGCUCGAUCCUUUCUGGCUGGCUGA